AUGGCCAGCCAGUUCCACAUUCCUCUAGCCCCACACCUCUCACCCCUGAAACCUUUGAAAUCGCCCUUCACGGAAUUUCAGGUGGGCAUCUGUGUGGCGAUCCAGCGCAGUGACAAACGGAUCCACCUGGCUGUGGUCACAGAGAUCAACACAGAAAACUCUUGGGUCACAGUGGAGUGGGUUGAGAAAGGAGUCAAAAAAGGCAAGAAGAUGGAUCUGGAGACUGUGUUCCGGCUGAAUCCAGCUGUGGCCUCUGUUGAACACCAAAGGCCCCACAGACCUCUGCGCCUUGUGUCUCUAACGCCCACUGUCUCCAUCGGGGAACAGCGGACAGCCACCAAGUGGAUUGAAGUUAUCCCCCAGAGAAAUGAGACACCCUCAGGGGACAGCCAGGCCCUUGUGAUCCCCAGCAACCCUUUUCUGAUGAAGCGGAAAAAGUCUCCCUGCCUCCGGGAGAUCGAAAAACUGCAGAAGCAGAGAGAGAAGCGCAGGCACCUGCAGCUGGAUAUUCUAGCCAAACGAGCGCUUGACAUCAACACAGGAAACCCCAACUACGAGACAAUGCGCAUGAUUGACGAGUACCGCAGGCAUCUGGACAGAAGCAACAUGUGCAGCUUGGAGGCCCUGGAAGACCACCGGAUCUGCGUGUGUGUGAGGAAGCGGCCUCUUAACCAGCGAGAGACCACCAUGAAGGACCUAGACAUUAUCACCAUCCCCUCACACAACGUGGUCAUGGUGCACGAGUCCAAGCAAAAGGUAGACCUGACCCGCUACCUGGAAAACCGGACCUUCUGUUUUGAUCACGCCUUCGAUGACACAGCCUCCAACGAGUUAGUGUACAAGUUCACCGCCCAACCUCUGGUGGAGUCCAUCUUCCGCAAGGGCAUGGCUACUUGUUUUGCCUAUGGGCAGACUGGCAGUGGGAAGACCCACACCAUGGGUGGCACCUUUUCCAAAAGGAGCCAAGAUUGUUCCAAAGGCAUUUAUGCCUUGGUGGCUCAAGAUGUCUUUCUUCUACUCAGAAACUCCACUUAUGAGAAGUUGGAACUCAAAGUCUAUGGGACAUUUUUUGAGAUUUAUGGUGGUAAGGUGUACGAUCUGUUAAACUGGAAGAAGAAACUGCAAGUCCUGGAGGAUGGUAACCAGCAAAUACAAGUGGUCGGGCUGCAGGAGCAAGAGGUGUGCUGUGUGGAGGAAGUGCUGAACCUCAUGGAACUCGGAAACAGUUGUCGGACUUCCGGCCAGACCUCUGUCAAUGCCCACUCAUCCAGGAGCCACGCGGUGUUCCAGCUCAUCCUCAGGUCUAGGGGGAAUCUGCACGGCAAGUUUUCCCUCGUUGACUUGGCUGGGAAUGAAAGGGGUGCAGAUACUGCCAAGGUCACUCGAAAGAGGCAGCUGGAAGGGGCAGAGAUUAAUAAGAGUCUGCUAGCCCUAAAAGAAUGUAUUCGGGCUUUAGGUAAAAACAAGUCUCACACCCCAUUUAGAGCCAGCAAACUCACGCAGGUGCUCCGGGAGGCCUUCAUAGGUCAGAACUCUUCCACUUGCAUGAUUGCUACUAUCUCACCAGGGAUGACCUCUUGUGAAAACACUCUCAAUACUUUAAGAUAUGCAAACAGAGUAAAAGAAUUAGCUCCAGAAGUAAGGCCCUACCAUCGGUGCCUCUCUCCAGUUGGCCCAGAAGUAACCCUAAUGUUAGAAAAGGAGAUUAAUAAUUCAGAAAUGUCAGUUCAGAGGGAAGAGAUUAUUCAGAUACCCUGUUCACAGAACCAGGAAAAGAAACAAAGUGAAGAAAUUCCAACAUUACCCACGACAUUAACAAAGGACACAGCAGUUUUGUGGAAGGAACCCAGCCAGUGGUGGGAGACCGUCCAGGAGACUGCUGAUGGAGUAACCUGUGAUGUGGAUUUUUGCAUUGCCCAAUCACUGUUCAUUUUGGAGCAGAAAAUUGGUAUUCUGACUGAGAUCCAAAAGAAGCUCCAACUAUUAAGAGUUGACCUCCAAAAGAAGAGCAAAGUUGAGUGA